CAAAACAGCUCAACAGAUUAUUCAAAAUUAGUAACUACAAAAAAUCCUUGUGUCUGAAGCUUUUCAAGUCCAUUUGCAAAAACUUUGCAGUAGUCAAGCAUAAAAUGACCAACCCAAUGUCCAUUCCAAUUUCUUUUCUCUUUCUAUUCCUAUUUAUGAACAAUUGUGCAUCCCUUGGAGCUGAUUCCAUUUCUUCAAACCAAUCUCUCUCCGGAGACGAAACCAUUGUCUCCGCGAAUGGAAUCUUCGUGCUGGGAUUCUGUACGCCGGGUAACUCUUCGAACUACUACUUAGGCAUGUGGUACAAGAUGGAUCCUUCACGGGCCAUAGUUUGGGUGGCAAAUAGAGAAAGGUCCGUUGCAGAUAGGUUUUCUUCGGAAGUAAGAAUCUCAGACGGCAAUUUAGUUCUCUUCGGUGAGUCCAAACUCCCGGUUUGGUCCACGAAUGUGAGCUCCGGUAGUUCACCUUCAAUAGAAGCAGUUCUUUUGGACAAUGGAAACCUUGUCCUAAGAGAUGGAUCUAAUGCUUCACAAUCAUUGUGGGAAAGUUUUGAUCAUCCGACUGACACAUGGUUACAGGGAAGUAAAAUCGGGUACGACAAAAAGACCCGAAAAAAGACGCUUCUCACUUCAUGGAAGAGUCCAGAGGAUCCUGCCCCGGGCCUUUUUACUUACGAGCUGCUCACAAGUGACAGCUCUUUCGCCAUCGUAAGGAAUAGAUCGAAGGUGGUUUGGACCAGUGGACCUUGGGAUGAAAAGCUUGGCGCUUUCCGCUUAACCCCGCAGAUGAAGUACAAUCGUUUCUUCAACUUCACCUAUGUUUCGAAUGACAACGAGAGCUAUUUAAUUUUUAACAUUUCUUUCUCUGCCUAUGAAAUAUCUAGAUUUGUUAUGGAUAUUUCAGGGCAGAUGAGAGAGUAUAUACUUAUGCCUAACAAGGAAUGGCGUUUUUAUUCGUCUCAGCCAACUAAACCAUGUCAAGUCUUUGCUUCUUGUGGGGCAUACGGCAGCUGCGAUGAAAACUCCGUGAAAUAUUGUAGUUGUCUGAGGGGGUUCGAGCCGAAGGUUCCGAGGUAUUGGGAUAUGGAGGACUAUUCUACCGGGUGCGUCAGGAAAACCAAACUUCAGUGUGCAAACAACAAUCAUACCAAUCAAAAGAGAGACCGGUUCCUUGAAAUGCGGAGCAUGUCGUCUCCGGGGAAUAAACAGUUCGUUAAAGUGGCGAAUAUCGCGGCGUGCGUGUCAACCUGCUUAAAUAACUGCUCUUGCACGGCUUAUUCCUUCAAUGGAAACGGUUGUUCCAUUUGGACGGGAGAUCUCUUAGAUCUUCAACAACUCACACCGGGCAACAAAGAUGGAAGAACACUCUAUAUUCGGCUAGAUGCUUCUGAGUUCAAGAGUCCUAAACAUAAGAAGAGACUGAUUAUUGGCGUUGCAGUGUGCUCCACUAUUGUGUCGGUAAUUUUACUAGUCCUUAUUCAUUUGUUUACGUCAAGGAGAAAGAAGAUAGUUAAAGCAAAGAAAAUGAUGGAGGGAUCCUUGGUGGCUUUUAGUUACAAAGAUCUGCAGAAUGCGACAAAGAACUUCUCAGAGAAAUUGGGUGGAGGAGGCUUUGGUUCAGUCUUUAAGGGGAUGUUGCCCAACUCUACUAUGAUCGCAGUGAAGAAACUUGAAAGUGUUGGCCAAGGAGAGAAGCAAUUCCGAGCAGAAGUAAGCACAAUCGGGACAAUCCAACAUGUUAAUCUCAUUCGACUUCGAGGGUUCUGCUCUGAAGGUAUUAAAAAGUUGUUGGUCUAUGAUUACAUGUCGAACGGCUCUUUAGCUUCUCACCUUUUCAAUCAAAACAAUUCGAACGUUUUGGAUUGGAAAACAAGGUACCAAAUUGCACUAGGAACAGCAAGAGGGUUAGUUUAUCUGCAUGAGAAAUGCAGAGACUGUAUCAUACACUGCGAUAUCAAGCCUGAAAAUGUUCUUUUAGAUGCAGUAUUUUGUCCCAAAGUGGCAGAUUUCGGGUUAUCAAAACUCAUCGGGAGGGACUUCAGCCGGGUACUGACAACCAUGAGAGGGACAAGAGGCUAUCUCGCACCGGAGUGGAUCACUGGAGUGGCAAUAACACCCAAAACAGAUGUCUACAGCUUUGGAAUGAUGCUUUUCGAGCUCGUAUCGGGGAGGAGGAACUCAGAGCAAACAGAAAUAAAUGGAAAAUUAAGGUACUUCCCAAAUAUGGCUAUAAGCGUUGUUGUCGAAGGAGGCGAUGUGCUUAGCCUAUUAGAUGAAAGGCUUGAAGGUAAUGCAGAUAAAGAAGAGAUUGAAAGAGUGUGUAAAGUUGCUUGUUGGUGCAUCCAAGAUGAUGAAGCUCAUAGGCCAUCCAUGAGUCAAGUAGUUCAAAUGCUUGAGGGAAUUAUGGACGUGAGCCUACCUCCAAUUCCCAGAUUUCUCCACAUAUUUGAUGACCACGAGGACAAUGUGAUUUUCUUCCGGGAGUAAUCCCAUGACAAGAGCGCAGCAUGUUCAGUGUUCUUAGUAGAAUAUAUAGGAAAGAGAACAUGUUUUAUUUCCCCUUCUGAUUUUGUAUCAUGCUCUGCUUUUUCUUCCAAGCUUUUUAAGCCAAUUUCGUAGUUUUCAUAAAUAGGUUGUUUAGUUUGCUUUUGCUGAAAUAAGAUUGGCAGGUUCA